GGGAGGAGACUAAGUGGGUUUGGUACCUUUUUUCCUGUGUACACUCACAUGAGCAUUCUGAAUUUGGAGAGCAAAGUGUGUAACGGAGUGAAGAGCACAGAAGGAGAAGACACACACACAAAGACACACACACUUGCAAGCUCAACUACAACUACAAGGCAUCAUGUUGUUCCUCCUUGCUGGCAUUUUUCUCCUGCAUGUUGCUACAGUCAUCCUCCUGCUCGCUGCCACCAUUGAAAAUGCCUGGUGGACUACUGGCCUGAUGUCCACUGAUAUUUGGGCUCGUUGGCUUUGGAACGGUGCUCAGUGGAACUAUACGGCGCUUCCAAACACCUAUCCUGAAGAUUAUCUCCAGGCAGUGCAGGCAUGCUCCAUAUUAGCGUGUGUGUUUUCGGGUAUUGGUUUGUUCGUGUUCCUCGCUCAGCUCUUCACACUGGCUAAAGGAAAACGCUUCAUCUUAUCUGGAGUGUUCCAGUUGCUGUCCUGUCUGUGUAUUAUGAUCGCUGCCUCCAUCUACACUGAUAUUUUCCACAAGAAUGAGAGUGGAUGGUACGGUCCGAGUUUCGUCAUUGCCUGGAUCGCCUUCGCUUUCAGCUUCAUCUCCUGCAUCAUCUACUUCAUCCUGCGCAAGAAAACAACCUGAGGAGCUCACACACUCCUACACACACACUCCUACACACACACACACACACACACACACACACGCUCUCUCUCUCUCACACACACACACAGAGCUUGAUCAGCUACACAUCACUGUAUUGUAGAAGGAGAGGAUUGUUUAUGCUUUUAUGCAUAAGAAUCAUUUGCAUGCAUUAAUUAUGCACAUAAUUAAUCCAUAAACUAGAAAAUGGUGACGUAAAAGGAAAAAAAGAAAAUCAGAAAAGAGUGACAAGGGUUUGUGUGUGUGUGCGUGUGUUUGUGUGUGUGUGUGUGUUUGUGGCAAAAGCUGAAUAAAUAAUGGAUUAGUUCUUUAAAGUAAAUUAAAACUUACGCUGUUACAUUUGUGGGGAAAAUUCUUAGAUUUUUAAAAUUUAUUCUAUACCGUAAUGUACCACUUUUAUAAUGUUAGAAGUAUUUUUACAUUCUGGGUGAAUAUGAAUAUGAAUAUGAAUAUGUUUUAAUGAAUUACAAACAACUGGAAUGAAAUGUAACUGUGUAUUAGUUGCUAUUUUAAUACAAAAAAUCCAAUUUUUCUUACCAUUUAUUUGCAUAAAUCUCUCUUCAUGUGUAAAUAUGGUGUUGUUUAGUUUUAGUUUCUUGUGUGCUUCCAUUUCGUUUACACACACACACACACACACACCCUCAGUACACGGCUCGGCGUAACGCUGGAUUCUGAUUGGUCCUUGGAGUUAGGAGAAAACACUCACUCAUUGUCCUAAUCGUUACACGCUGUUACAGAUUUUCUCUAAUUUCUAUGCACUUAUUUCACAUUCUGUAUUUUUCAUAAUGCAAGCUUGUAAUAAAAUUAUAACUGUAAUUUUAUUUUAACUGUAAAAGUCCCCGGAGUCAAAGUGUGUAAACGAUAGUGAAAAAAGCACACUAAGAAUGAUUAAUCUUUAGUUUUAUUUUUGUUACAUGAUCUUUUUUAUGCAGUGUGUAUUAAAGUUUGAUCUCAAA